CUUGCAGGAGCUAGAUCACCCUGAGGGAGGUUAGGAGAUACCAAAAGGCCUGGGUCCUCCCACCCCUCAUCCGUGAGUCCUGGGAGCCUCCAGGGACUGCGUAAGUGAAGAGACAAUUUGGAGUCAUUCUACAGCCAUGUCAGGCAGUGCUUGCAAGAAGGCCUUCUCGAAGAGGCAUGUCAAGUGGAUCCUUGCCGGUGGGUCUAGUGUGCUUCUGGUGGUCUUCAUCUGCUUGAUGGUGGCCAAACUGAACUCACGAGCGUGUGUGCAGCCUGGGGCCUGCAGCGUGGAUGCAGACAUGCUGGAUUACCUGCUGAGCCAGGGCCAGCUCAGUGGCCGGGACGGCCUGCUGGUCACAUGGUACCACGCCGCCAACAGCCGUGCCGAGAUGGAGGCCGCUCUGAACAGCGACGUCAUGGUGUUGGAGGCGGAUGUCACUGUAGAAGGGUUCGGCACAGUCAACGAGACGGAGGUCCCCAUCAUGGCCCAUCCCCCACUCAUCUACAGCGACAACACCCUGGAGCACUGGCUGGAGACCGUGCUGGCUUCUUCUUGGAAGGGAAUCAAGCUGGACUUCAAGAGCCUCAAAGCUGUGGGUCCCUCCCUGGAUCUCCUGAAGCAGCUGACCCAGCAAGGGAGAGUGCAGAGGCCUGUGUGGAUCAACGCCGACAUCCUGAAGGGUCCCAAUGUGCCCCUGUCCGUGGAGGUCAACGCCACACAGUUUCUGGCUUUGGUGCAGGAGAAGUACCCCAAGGCCACCCUGUCUCCAGGCUGGACCACCAUGUACCUGCCACCAUUCCUGAAUCACACGUACACUCGGGCCAUGGUGGAGAAGAUGCAGGAGCUGGUGGGAUCCCUGCCACAAAGGGUCACCUUCCCUGUGCGGGCCAUCCUGCUGCGAGCUGCCUGGCCCCACUUCAGCUGGCUGCUGGGCCAGUCUGAGAGGUACAGCCUGACGGUGUGGCAGAGCUCCCCAGAGCCCGUGAAGGUGGAGGACCUCCUUUAUAUCCGGGACAAUACUGCCCCCCAUCAAGUCUACUACGACCUCAUGGAGCCUGUCAUGUCGCAGUUCAAGGAGCUGGCCUUGAACACCACUCGGGAGCGAGUCUACUACACCGGGGGCAGCCUGGUCCCCAGUCUCCAGGCUCCAGGGGAUGAUGGUCUGAAUGUGGAGUGGCUGGUCCCUGAAAUCCAGGAAGGAACAGCAACAGUUCAGUUUCCAGACAGGGAAGGCAUGAUCCUGCUGGACGUCGGCCUCCAGAGGCUUGCAGCUGGGGCCCCUGUGCCCAUCGUCCUGGCCUCGGGCAGCCCUGCCCUGACUCUGGAGUCAUGCCUGCUGCAGCUAGCCACACGGUGGGAGCGCUGGGGUGUCCAUCUGUACAUAUCUCAGCCCCCUGCUCUCCGUCCCACCCUGACCCUGCUGGCACGACUCUCCACCCUGGGAAAGCUGUCCCGGCCUGUGUGGGUGGGGGCCACCAUCUCCCAUGGCAGUUUUGCUGUCCCUGGCCACAUGGAGGGUGGAGAGCUGCUCACGGCUGUGGCCGAGGUCUUCCCCCAGGUGACAGUGGCGCCAGGCUGGCCCGAGGAGGUGCUGGGCCAAGGUUAUGGGGAGCAGCUGCUCACAGACAUGUUGCGGCUAUGCCAGGGCCUCUGGCAGCCCGUGUCCUUCCAGCUGCAGGCCAGGCCACUGGGCCAGAGCACGGCUGGAGUCGUGGCCAGGCUGCUGGAGGCCUCCCCCAGGGCCACUGUGGUGGUAGAGCACAGCCCUAAGAGGGGCAGCUUCACCUCCGUGCGGACAGCGCUGCUGGCAGCCAGGGCCGUGGACAGGACUCGAGUCUACUACAGGCUGCACCCAGGGUUCCGGGAAGACUUGCAGGCAGCAGCCAGCAGAGACUGACCACCUCUGUCCCUUCUCCCAGGGGUCUGGUGGGGAAUAAACGCCUCUGUCUGCA